AUGUCUAGUGCGGAAUGGCAUAGAUUCAAUGGACAUCUCAAAUCUCUUAUAACAGAAGGAAUGGUGUCUAUAGAGCGUAAGGGUAUUGAAACUAAGCGAUUAAAAGAUUUUACCGGAUGGAUGGUUACAAGCAACCAGGAUGCUCCGCUCAAAAUAGAUAUAGGGGAUUCUCGUGUAGUCUGUUUUGAUGUGUCUCCACAAUGUAGAGGAAAUACAGCAUAUUUUAAGAGACUAGGAAAAGUUCUUGACCACCCUGAUGCACCAGGAGUAGUCAUGAGAUAUCUUCUUAGUUGUGAUCUCUCAGAUUUUGAACCUGAAGAAAUUCCUGCAACUAAAAUGAAAUCAGAUAUAAUGCGAGAGCAACUACCAAAUCCUAUUCGAUUUAUAAUUGAUCAUAUUUCCUCAUGGAGUGAGGAUCAAGUAGCCAAGCCAAGUUGUACAUCAUUAUAUCAGAACUAUGUUGAAUGGUGCGGAGGGAAUGGUGAAAAGCCAUUUUCUAACAACAUUCUUGGUAAAAAAUUCUCACAGAUUAAUAUCGAACGUAAGAGGGGAAGUGGUAGAAAAAGGGAAUGGCAAUAUAUUCUCGAUCGCUCCAAGAUCGUAGCCAAGCUCCGUGAAUCUGGCCUAGGCGAUAUGGAAGAAUUUUCCGAUAUACCUCAACCUGACUUACCUACAAACGAGACUACAGACAUACCCAUAUUCAAUGUGCCAGAAACGGUCCUAGAGGGACCAGUUAUUCCUCCAAAAAUAACCCCACCUCAGACAAAAAUGAGUACCCCUCCACCUAGUACUAAAAAAGAUAAGAAAGCGAAUAAACAGGAUGAUUCGACUCAGGCACUUUUCGACUAUGGGGCAGAAGAUACACGUGCUCUGGUCGCCUCAACAUCUGGUACACCCGAGACUUCUAAAAGACCUGAACCAGUAAUCGAUGAACCAGAGAAUAGUAAGCCACCCAAGCCUAUUAAAUCUAGUAACGAAGUAUCAUCUGCCAUUCUUCUGAACAGGGUCCAACGAGAACAAUGCCUCAGGAAAUGGGCUAUCGAUCAUGGUGAAGACCCGGACGUAUUCGUGACCAUCACAGAAAAAGAUAUCAGACUAUCCCAUGAAUAUCGAGACAGGAUGAUGUCGGACGCAGAUGCCGUCGAUUUUGCGGAAGAAGACGGUAUGAAUGUAAACGAUAUAUUUUAUAUGUCUAGGAGAGAAAGGCUAAUAAGUGAAGAAAUAUAUCUCCGCAACUUCGAGAAUGCAGGUAGGCCCCGGACAUAUGUUUAUGACGAUAAGGAGUGGCAAAAGGGUAUUAGCAUACUUCAAGAGAACGGUCAGCAAUUUUCAAAUGUGUGCAAAACAUAU